CUCUCCACAAACUCCAGCUGCGCGUGCCCGCUCGUACGUCCCCGUGCGCAGCCCCGCAGGAGACGUCAUGAGCGUCUUACUACCCAACAUGGCGGACUUUGAUACCAUUUAUGAGUUGGAAGACGAAGAGGAUGAGCACGUAGUGAGCGAAGAACACUUGCCCAGAUACUGCCCGGAGCCCGUGGUUAUGCGAGGGGCCGGGCACAUCACAGUGUUUGGACUGAGCAACAGAUUUGACACAGAAUUUCCCUCUGUUCUCACGGGAAAGGUAGCACCAGAGGAAUUCAAAACCAGCAUCAGCCGGGUGAAUGCUUGUUUGAAGAAGAACUUGCCUGUGAAUGUGAAGUGGCUUCUUUGCGGCUGCUUAUGUUGUUGCUGUACCGUAGGCUGCAGUCUAUGGCCUGUUAUCUGCCUCAACAAGAGAACAAGACGGUCUAUUCAUAAGUUGUUAGAGUGGGAAAAUAACCGGUUAUACCACAAGCUGGGGCUGCACUGGAAACUCAGUAAAAGAAAAUGUGAAAGCAGUAAUAUGAUGGAAUACGUGAUUCUUAUAGAAUUCUUACCCAAAUAUCCUAUAUUCCGACCGGACUGAGGAAGCUGUUAAAAGACUGGAUGUGUGGCCCUUGAAUCUUAUCCUUAGUGCCUUGUAUAUAACAGUAUGUUGGAACAAGGGUCUGCACUGGUGUCUCUCGUGACGACCCUGUACAUCUCCCAGUACCUUGUACAUUAGAAUUUGCAACACUGUCACUUUGCUUUAGAGCAGAUUUUGCACAUUUUCCCCGACAGAACUAGACAUGUCCCCCUUUGUUGCACUCGGAUGUGUUUUUGUUACAUGUGGCAAACAAGUGAAACUCUCGAAAAGUGCAUUUACCCCAAAGAACCGUCAACCUGUAUCCCAUCUAUGAUAUCAGUAAUCUCUUGCAAAGAAUGUGAUGCCUCCACCUUCCUGAAAUAUCCUUGCCUUAUGUAUGAUUAAAAAAAAAACAACUAAGGAGGAGGAAGGCACUGGGUAAUUCAACAGUCUUUAGAUUUAAAUGCUGUCUGUUGAGUUUCCUGUCUUUGAAUCCAGUUCUUUGCAGAUGGGAUGGUUGAAAUUGCCUAACGUACAGUGUACGUCAUCACCUUGUGUUUUUUCUUUACAUUUGACCCUCUGUACAUGGGAGCUAACUAGUAAAAUAACUUGACCUGUAAAUACCAUGUUAGGAUAAGCUGUACAGUGGUAUACCAUUGUUUACAUUACGUUACUUAGCUCUUUAGUUUUUUUGCCAAUAUAUUGCUGUACUAUAGAUUUGAUUAAUUAAAGAUGUCUAUGUACCUUUCUAGUUUAUAUGGACCUGUUUACCUUGUAAGCCAUAUAGUUAUAAUAUACAUGAUGCCAGAGUUAGGACUGAUUAUUGCACUUGAGCCUGGUAGAAAAGUCAGGAUUUCAGACGAUAAAGCUUCGUCCCGUAACAAAAGCAGUGCAUUGUUUUGCCAAUCAAGAUGAUUCAACGAGUCGUCAUCCAUUAAAACCAGAGAUGUUUGCAUCUCUGAUGUGCAAAUGAAAGAAUAUUUGAACUCUGCUCUUACACUAAUUCCUUUGCUAUCAUCUUGUCCAAACUUGGCAUUAUCAUCAUUAUUAUUUUUUUUGUAGUUUUGUACUUUUCCCUGUGCUGUGUGUGUCCUCCACGUGUGUUAGGAAGCGCAUACAUCUACAGUACAUGGCGUAUUGAGCAGAUGGUUCUUUUGUUUCGGCCAUUCUGUGCAUUGGUAGUAUUAUUUUCCUGAAGCGUAAUCACAAGAAUGCUGCAUUGCGUUGUAUUAGAGUGCCUCUGGAUUAGUCGGUGAACCACAGAGAAGUACAGGCUGAAAUCUCUUCUCUUGUACAAAGGAGAUUUUAAAUCUUCCUCCCAGUAUUGUCCCUGUUACAAUUCUUGUAAAUGUUUGUCAUGAUGACCUAAUCCCAAUGGAGAGAGAAAAUAAAUUGUUGAUUUUGA